CCAAUUCAUUUUCAUAUACCAAAAAACAUCCUAUUUUGUUAGGUAGUAAUCAUAGUUUCACUAAAUUGUUAUUUCGCUAUGAACAUGUUAAAUUGUUACACGCAGGUCCUCAAGCGCUAUUGUUUAACAUACGUGACAAUUGGUGGCCGAUAGGAGGUAGAAAUUUAGCUCGAAAGGUAGUACACGAAUGUAUUAUUUGUAAACGCCUCAGAGGAAAGACUCUCACUCCUCAGAUGGGAAAUUUACCCACUGAGCGCAUAAGUCCUACAUAUCCAUUUUCCAAAUGUGGAGUGGAUUAUGCCGGGCCAAUUUUCAUGUUAAACCAUAAAGGCAGAGGAGCUCGUAAGGUUAAAUGCUAUAUUUGUCUAUUUGUAUGUUUUGUUACGCGGGCCAUACACCUGGAGCUUGUAACCGAUCUUACAUCGGAUGCCUAUUUAUUAGCUUUAAAACGUUUUAUUUCUCGCCGUGGAAAACCAUACGAGAUAUUUUCUGAUAACGGGCGUAACUUUGUAGGUCUUAUGAACGAUUUCGCCAAGUUUUUGUCUAAAUGUAGUUCUGAUAUUAAAGAUUAUGUUUCUAACGAACAAAUUAAAUUUCGCUUUAUCGUACCUUAUGCUGCUCAUUUUGGGGGUCUUUGGGAGGCUGGAGUUCGCUCAUGCAAGCACCACCUUCGUCGAGUAGUCGGAAAUGCGAAUCUCACUUAUGAGGAAUUGAGUACAGUCCUGGCACAGAUCGAAGCUGUUCUUAACUCUCGCCCUCUUUCGCCAAUGUCAACUGAUCCUAAUGAUUUUUUACCUCUGAGUCCAGCUCAUUUUCUUAUCGGACGCACCCUAACUUCACCAGCGUGUGAAAACUUGAUGGAAGCUAAUACUCUACGGCUUACUCGCUAUCAAAGAGUGGAGCAGAUGAGGCAGCAUUUUUGGUCAAGAUGGAUGAAAGAGUACAUCUCGGAGCUUCAAUCCCGGACAAAGUGGAAGGCAAACGAUGACCAUCUUCUACCUAACACAUUAGUUGUCAUUAAAGACGACAACCUUCCCCCGCUAAAGUGGCACUUGGGCCGAAUCGUUAGUCUGAUUCCAGGGAAGGACAACAUCACUAGAGUUGCUGAUAUUCGUACGGCAUCUGGGAUUAUCAGGCGAGCAUGUACAAAAAUUUGCCCUCUGUUUACACCAGACGAGAAUAAUUGAAAGUCACAACUUUCAAGGCCGGGGCCAUGUUCCGGCGUUUAUGCGAUAGAUCCGACGUACACGACCACAGAUAAUAAUUAUUGUUCACGAACCUUUCCCGUCCCUU